GCACCGGGAGGAAAGGUAGACACGCAGGACAGUCAAACGAGUGUCGUUAACGGAGACUUGAGUCAGGACGGCGAUAAUAAUCUCGGGUCACACGAGGCUUUAAAUUCGGCCAUGUAUGUCGGGUGGCUCGACGCGCCGGUUAACGACGGCUUAAUUCACAAUGACAUUGGAUUUACUAAUAAGAUAAACCGUUUGGAGAAUUUAUGGUUAAUAGCGCCAAACGGGAGGGAAAAUUUAUCAUCAAAUUGGAACUCAAAUAGAUUCAACACCAACAACGGUGCCACAAAUGAUGCCAACAAUGGCGUAGGUGCCGGACAGGGAGAAAAUGUACCCCAAUUAUCACCAAACCGUUUCGCGACAGCAGACGCAACCCUGACCACUGAAGCUAACAGCGCGUUUUCCAACACAUCGCUGACAAUAGCAAUGGGAAUGUUUCUGCGGGAUAGGUUACAAGAAUUUGAAGGGAUACGGCCAAAACUUCAACGAAACGUGAGCUUCCAGUCCCACCAGAAUAUGGGCGCGGGUUGCCAGUCCUCACAACCCCAGACCCCACAGCCAACCCAUUCCUCGUCAGUCCAUCACCAGAACAUUGGUGCUAACCAUCACAAUAGCCAACAAAACUCGCAACAAAUUAACUCACAAAACAAAUUGAGAUUUGAAACAUGUGCCUCAUCGUUUUAUAACAGAAAUAGUAUUAACUAUAAUAACACAAAUAAUAACAACUCAACGCCCAAUGCGGUUCAUUCGCCGUUUAAAGCUGUCGCCAUCCGACCCACGGAUCCCCAACCCUACGAGAUGGCAGAUCUCGAGGUGUUGGAACAGUUCGCCAUGAAUUUUAAACAAAGGCGCAUCAAAUUGGGCUUUACUCGUGGGGACGUAGCCUUAGCCAUAAAUAAACUUUACGGCAAUGACAUGAGUCAGUCCAUGAUAUCCCGAUUUGAGGUGUUGAACCUGUCCUUCAAAAACAUGUGUAAAUUGAAACCAUUGCUCCAGAAUUGGCUCGAGGACUCCGAAGCCUCCCUCAACAAUUCCACAACAUUGGCAAACAAUCAACUGAGGCCGGAG